ACUCCACACCACCAAUCCAUUCCCAAUCAUGACGUGUCACAUUCUAAACACGAUACCACUAUCUUCUACAGUAGGCUCCAGCACAGGUUAACAUACACCACGCGUUUUGCUUUUGUUUUCUUUUUCUGUAUACCGGUUUCCCCAUCUUUACUUCACUCACACUUUUUCCCUCAAUUUCACUCAUCCAUAACCACAGAUAACCCUCUUCAUCUUCUUCUUCAUCUUCUUCUUGUGUGUGUGUGAUUGUGAUUCUCUUUCUUUCUCGCUAUGGCUUUCAGAUUUGCGUUUCUGCUUGUUCUGUGUGUGGUUCCGGCGAUGGUUGCUGCCAUUCGCCCAGCUAAGAACCCUUUCAUCGUCAAAGGUUGCGUCUACUGUGACCCAUGCCGUGCUGGUUUUGAGACCUCAGCCACUACCCGCAUUGCUGGUGCGGAGGUUAUGCUGCUGUGUAGGCAGAAGAAUUCCAACGAAGUUGUAUACACAAAGCGGGGCUGGACUAACUCAAAGGGUGAAUACACAAUCUCCGUGUCUGAGGAUCACGGCGACCAGAUCUGUGAUGCCAAGCUUAUAAGCAGCCCUCAUCCAACCUGCAAAGAGGCCACCCCAGGCCGUGACCAAGCCCGUGUUAUUCUCACCCGCUACAAUGGCAUUGCCUCUGAUGAUAGGUUUGCCAAUGCCAUGGGCUUCAUGUCUGAGAAUGUUGCUGCUGGCUGUACUCAGAUCCUCAAGCAAUACGAGGAGCUCGAUAAUGAGAACUAAUUUCAGGGUAUUAUUCACUUUGGAAUUGGUUUUCCACGUGUCUAUUAAAUUCUAUCCUGAUGGAGUGUUAUCUUGACAUUUUCAGUUUAUGUUUGUAUGUUAGUGUACCCUGCUAAACAAUAUUAUUAUUACGUGAAAAUGAUGUGUCUUGGACUAGAGGAUGUAGUUACUGUGUGUUGCUAUCAUAUAGUAUUCUUUUAUA